UUACUGGGCGAUAUACUCAAAGACCGGCCCCAGGAGGCAGAUGGAAUCGACUCGGUGAUCGUGGUCGACAACGUUCCUCAGGUGGGACCUGACCGUCUGGAGAAACUCAAAAACGUCAUCCAUAAGAUCUUUUCCAAGUUUGGGAAAAUCACAAAUGAUUUUUACCCAGAGGAGGACGGAAGGACGAAAGGGUAUAUUUUCCUGGAAUACGCGUCUCCUGCCCACGCUUUGGACGCUGUGAAGAAUGCGGACGGCUACAAGCUGGACAAGCAGCACACGUUCAGAGUCAACCUCUUUACCGAUUUUGACAAGUACAUGACGAUCAGUGACGAGUGGGAUAUUCCAGAGAAACAGCCGUUCAAAGACCUGGGAAACCUCCGCUACUGGCUUGAAGAGGCCGAGUGCCGGGAUCAGUACAGCGUGAUUUUUGAGAGUGGGGACCGCACCUCCAUAUUCUGGAAUGACGUGAAGGACCCUGUCUCCAUUGAGGAGAGAGCGAGAUGGACAGAGACGUACGUGCGUUGGUCUCCUAAGGGCACCUACCUGGCAACCUUUCAUCAGCGAGGCAUUGCUCUCUGGGGGGGAGAGAAAUUCAAACAGAUUCAGAGAUUCAGCCACCAAGGAGUUCAGCUUAUUGACUUCUCACCUUGUGAAAGGUACCUGGUGACCUUUAGCCCCCUGAUGGACACUCAGGACGACCCUCAGGCCAUCAUCGUCUGGGACAUCCUUACCGGGCAGAAAAAGAGGGGUUUUCACUGUGAAAGCUCCGCCCACUGGCCUAUCUUCAAGUGGAGCCAUGAUGGUAAAUUCUUCGCCAGGAUGACGCUUGACACUCUCAGUAUCUAUGAAACUCCUUCUAUGGGUCUUUUGGACAAGAAGAGCCUGAAGAUCUCCGGCAUAAAAGACUUUUCUUGGUCUCCCGGUGGUAACAUAAUAGCGUUCUGGGUGCCUGAAGAUAAGGAUAUACCAGCCAGGGUGACGCUGAUGCAGCUUCCUACCAGACAGGAGAUCAGAGUCAGGAAUCUCUUCAACGUGGUGGAUUGCAAGCUACACUGGCAGAAAAAUGGAGACUACCUGUGUGUGAAAGUAGACAGGACACCAAAAGGCACCCAGGGUGUUGUCACAAAUUUUGAAAUUUUCCGAAUGAGGGAAAAACAGGUGCCCGUCGACGUGGUCGAAAUGAAAGAAACCAUCAUAGCCUUCGCCUGGGAGCCGAAUGGGAGCAAGUUCGCAGUGCUGCACGGGGAGGCCCCCCGGAUAUCGGCGUCCUUCUACCACGUCAAGAGCAACGGGAAGAUCGAGCUCACCAAGAUGUUCGACAAGCAGCAGGCCAACACCAUCUUCUGGAGCCCCCAGGGACAGUUCGUGGUAUUGGCUGGCCUGAGGAGCAUGAACGGUGCCUUGGCAUUUGUUGACACGUCGGACUGCACGGUCAUGAACAUUGCAGAGCACUACAUGGCCUCCGACGUGGAGUGGGAUCCCACCGGGCGUUAUGUCGUCACCUCUGUGUCCUGGUGGAGCCACAAGGUGGACAAUGCCUACUGGCUGUGGACCUUCCAGGGCCGCCUUCUGCAGAAGAACAGCAAGGACCGCUUCUGCCAACUGCUCUGGAGGCCACGGCCCCCCUCCCUCCUGAGCCAGGACCAGAUCAAGCAAAUUAAAAAGGAUCUGAAGAAAUAUUCCAAGAUCUUUGAACAGAAGGAUCGUUUGAGCCAAUCCAAAGCGUCAAAGGAAUUAGUGGAGAGACGACGGACCAUGAUGGAAGAUUUCCGAAAAUACCGGAAGAUGGCUCAGGAGCUCUACAUGGAGCAGAGAAACGAACGCCUGGAGUUGCGAGGGGGUGUGGACACUGACGAGCUGGACAGCAACGUGGACGACUGGGAGGAGGAGACCAUAGAGUUUUUUGUCACUGAGGAAAUUAUUCCCCUUGGAAAUCAGGAGUGAUCCAGCAACACUGUGGUGAGACUUCAGUGCCCCGUGUCCGUGCUGGAACCGCGGCCGUCCUUCUGCGGAAAGCCUGCACGUCCCUGAGCUCCUGCCUGUGCUCUCGCGCGCGGGGCCGAGGCCGCCCCAGAGCUCGCCGCCCCCACACGUCGCCGUGCCUUUCAGCCCCUGCUGUCCACGGGGCCCAGAGGCACUGCUCUCGGUUUCCUCUUGUUUGGGUUUUAAUCGCACCGCAGACUGUGCCCUGCCUUCUGCGGUCAGUGGUCCUGCCGAGACGCGGUGUCCCUCCCGGGCCCCUGGACGCCGGCAGGGAGGCCUGCAGUGCUGCGGCCCCGCGCACUCGGGGCGUCGGGGCGCCAUGGCACGUCCCUCGCCAUUCAGGUUGUGACAAAUUCUCUCAGUGGGCUAAACGUGGAAAUAAAAGCAAACUUGUAUGAAAAAGCCGUCUUUCUCCUCUCUUUGAGUGUAGUUAGUGGCCUUGAACUUGGUGCCUGUGCCCUCAGUUCAUGCCUUGCGCUGCGAGCUCACGUGGCGAGGAAGGGACGUCACCCUCCUCGGGGUCUCCUGCUUGUCAGUUCACCUGAUGAGGACGAUCCCUUCCUUCCUCGGUUGCACAGGUGUGAAGACGUACCUUGAUGGUUGUCACUGAAGCCACUAGCGUGUGGUUCUCUUGAGUGUGUAGCUCUGUCCCCUGAGGAGGGAGUGAGCACGUCCAUGAAGCUCCAGCCCUUGUAACCUGCAGUGCCUGCUGCCCGUUGGCGCCUUGUGAAACGGCCGUUUCUUCCUCCCCUUUUCUGUCCUGGACCCUGAAGCUUAGUUUAGAAAGCAGUGCAACGUGGAACAGACACACUUGGCGUUCACAGCUGUGACCGUGACCUGGACCACAUCCGGGCUGGCGGGGGCCUUCUGGGGUUGGAGGCCCAGCUGCACCCGUGGGGAGGAGGACAGGCCAACACCCGCCCUGUGGCUCGGCCGGCGGGCCCCCCGUGGGCCUGCGCCCCGCGCUCUCCCCUCUGUGGCUCUCAGCUUGGCGGGUCCCCUCACGUUGGGGCCACAGCGGCCCUUGUGUCCGCUUCUGUGCUUUUAACCGCAGUGUGCGAGCCCUGGUUCUCCUACUUUGUGGCUUUAAGAAGGGACAGGCACACGGUUCUGUUGUAUUAACAGGUUUUUAGCAGAGCUUUUGAAAAGUUAACUUUUCACUGUUACAAAUUUGCUAGUUCUAACUGUUUUGCAUAGUUUGUAAAUAAAAUAAUUUCCAAGCA